GUUGGCAACCUCAGACGACUCCAGACGCAGCGUCAACCUCUGCGGCGAAGAUGGGAAAGAUGAAGGCAGUGGCGUGCGUCGCCUGCUGGGCGGCAUUGUCACUGAUCAAUGUCGUGAUGGCCGUCGAUUACGUCGUCGGCAACCCGGCCGGCGGCUGGGACGGGAGGACCGACUACCAGUCUUGGGCCGCAGCCGAGACUUUUGCUCCGGGAGAUACCCUAACCUUCAAGUACAACUCAUACCACAGCGUCAUGGAGGUGACCAAGAGCGCCUUCGAGGCGUGCACCACGACCGACCCGAUCUUGUACGACAACAGCGGCAGCACCACCGUCGCGCUCACCAUGCCGGGGACGCGCUACUUCAUCUGCGGCGCGCCGGGACACUGCCUGGGCGGCAUGAAGAUGCAGGUGCAAGUCGCCGACCGACCCGCACCCACCACACCCAGUUCGCCGCCGCCGCCGCCAGCACACGCGAAACAGAAGCGGCAUGCAACGGCACCAUCACCGACGCCUAUGCCGUGGGCUCCAGCGCCGACACCAUGGUCGCCCGCGCCGGCACCCGCGGCCGCGCCACCGAGACGUGCAGGGCACAAGAAGAAGCACAAGAAGAGGUACUGCCCGCCUGAAACCGUGCAUGCGCCCGCACGGGCCCCCACCCCCACAGUGCAGGCCGUCGAAGCAGACUUUCCGUUCGCGGCGUUUGCUCCUAUGACAGCUCCGCCGCCGCCGCCGCCAACGUCGGGAGGGCUUGCAUGGCGGCGAGCAACGUGUGGCGAGGCUACUGCGGCCUUAGCCGCUCUCGUCUGGUUCAUGCUCCUCUGAGCCGGGGAGGUUUCAGAUCCGAAGAUUUUAGACGCCAGGUCAUAUUAUAUGAAUAUCGUGUGCACGUACGUUUUGCUUAUAAUUUAUAUACAUGUUUACUAGAAUGUGGUAUUUGUUGAGAUUCUGGGUUUGUAUCUUUCGUGCGUUAUGAGGUAAUGAAGUUGUAGCAUACUCCCAAU